AUGGCUCCUGACCGCAUCGCCAAGGCCAUCGACAGCCUGAUUGCCCAUCUUGUGCCGACCGGUGCGGACGAGGACGAAAGUGCGGCCCAGCAACAGCACGAUGCCUACUUUCGACUCGUGAAGAACAUCAUAGACAAGUGCGUCAUUCCCCUCCCCUCGACGUGUGGGCAGCUCUUGCUCGGUGAUGCUGCACAGGCUGGAUUUGCUGACGUCGCCGUGACCGCCCAAAGCCCGCCCGGUCCAACCAUAUCCUCCGACGUCCAUCAUGCGUCCGAUCUCAUCAAGCGGAAGCUCAUCCAGACCAACCCCGGCCAGGCCCUCCGUUUCUCUAAUCUCUACUCCCGACUCCUCGCCCUGCCCGUGCUCGAGCACAAAUGGGGCAUACUGUACCUGCUCCAUCAGCUGGCCGACUCGCCCGACGCCGGCGAGCCGCAGCUGCUGAGCGCGGUCAGACCGUCGGCCCCCAACUACCGCCAUGCCAUUCGUCGAGACGCCAUCAAGCGGCAGAACAGGGGUGAGCACGGGGCAUCCACCUCGGCCUCGAGGCUCGAGGAAGCACAGUUCAAGGAUGCCUUCCAGCCCGAUGGCCUGCGCAGGCUGCCGCACGACGAGCCCGGGCUCGCCGACGGCGACGGACGCGUGAGGGAUGUGUCGUUGAAGUCGACGCUCCUCGCCAGCAGUCGUGGCGAUCUGGAUCCGCCCGAAACCGCCCUCCUGCGGGACCUCCCCUUCACCCUCCAGGGCUUGUCCUCCACGACGCUCCCCUUUUCCGACGACGAUACCCUCGCGCUUCCUCCGACCCUUCCGCUGCCGCUCGUCUCCAUCCUCCACACGUUGGCGGAGCCGUCCCUCCUGUACAAGAGGCUGGAUGCGUUCUGCCAAAGCCCGGGCCACGGCCUGCUCGGCCAGAGCCUACGCUUCGCCAUGGGCACCGAGCUUCGCUCGUACCUGGGCUUGAUCGCCACGCUCGAGGCGCAGAUUCGAAGGGCACUCGCUUCCCUCGACGAGAAUGCGCCGCGUCGAGGCAUCGGAAAGUUGGGCGUGACCCUCAAGAGAUGCGUCGUCUGGACGCGAGAGGCCACCAUGGGACUGCGGCUGAUGAGCCUGAUCGCGGAGGAGUCCAAGAGCAAGGAGGGUGGCAAGUUGAUCUCCCUCAUCCACAGCUUCUCCUCGUCGCACGGAGACCCCGUCGUCGCGGCCUUUGCCGAGCGGCUGCUGGCGAGCUUCACGCACCCGUUUUACGACAUCCUGCGGCAGUGGAUCUACGACGGAGAGCUGGUCGACCCGUACCGUGAAUUCUUCGUCCGCGAGCAGGGCGCCGCGGCCGACGGCGGCAGGAAGAAGGGGGCCGCCAACAUCUGGGAGGACAAGUACGAGAUCGACGACGACGGCAUCCCGAGCAUCAUGACGCACGACUUUGCCCAGAAGGUCUUCCUCAUCGGAAAGUCGCUCAACUUCAUCCGCAACAGCUGCGGCGACUCGCUCUGGGUCGAGGACUACGCCAAGGCGGCCUCCAAGGAGCUCCGCUACGGCGACACGGCGACGCUCGAGGCGUGGAUCGACGAAGCGUACAAGACGACUAUGAGGCGUCUGAUGGAUCUCAUGGCCAACAAGUUCCACCUCUUCCAGCACCUCGAGGCCCUCAAGAGCUACAUCCUCCUGGGCCAGGGCGACUUCAUCGCCCUGCUCAUGGAAUCCCUCGCCGCGAACCUCGACCGGCCGGCCGGCGCGCAGUACCGGCACACGCUCACGGCGCAGCUCGAGCAUGCCAUCCGAGGCUCCAACGCGCAGUACGACUCGGCCGAGGUGCUGCGCCGGCUCGACGCGCGCAUGCUCCAGCUCUCCCACGGCGACAUCGGCUGGGACUGCUUCACGCUCGAGUACAAGAUCGACGCGCCCGUCGACGUCGUCGUGACCGAGUGGGGCAACCGGCAGUACCUGAAGGUGUUUAACUUUCUGUGGAGGAUCAAGAGGGUCGAGUUCGCCAUGCUGUCGACCUGGCGAAGGUGCAUGACGGGCUCCCGAGGCGUGCUGCAGACGUCGGACCCCGCGGUGACGCAGACGUGGAAGUCGACGCGCGGCACGCUGGCCGAGAUGAUGCACUUUGUGGGCCAGCUGCAGUACUACAUCCUGUUCGAGGUGAUCGAGUCGUCGUGGGGCGCGCUCGAGGAGCGCAUCCGGAAGGACGACUGCACGCUCGACGACCUCAUCCGGGCGCACGAGCGCUACCUCGACGACAUCACCCACAAGGGGCUGCUCGGCGCCAAGAGGCGGCUCCACGGCGAGGACGAGGACGACCGGUCGUCGUACCUGGCGCAGCUGAGCGACAUCCUGCGGUUCAUGCUCCACUACCGAGACGCCGUCGACGGCCUCUACAGCUGGAGCGUCUCCGACUUUACGCGGCGGCAGGAAGCCGACGUGCGCAUCGCGACGCGGCAGGACGCCGACGACGGCCACGGCCACGGCGUCGUGGCCUCGGAGUUUCCCGCCCUCCAGGACCGGCUGCGGCAGCUGGGCCAGUCGUUUCGGGCGCGGAUGCAGAUCCUGCUCGGCGACUUGGCCUACCAGCCGGACGUCGACAUGCGAUUCCUCGGCGUCGCCAUGAACUUCAACGACGUCUACCAGCCGGCGCGGAGGAAGAGCAAGACGGCGCCGCCGACGGGCGGGACCUCGGCCAACACGUCCAAGGGAUGA